AUGGCUCCCGGAAAUGCCCUGCCCGCGCCGGCUGGCCCACAGAAGCAUCGGGCCUGCGACGAGUGCCGUUUCCGCAAGAUCGCUUGCUCCAAGGAGCCCGGUGGCUGCCUGCGCUGCCAGAAAGAGGGCAUCAACUGCGUCUACUCACCCCAGAAGCCCAUGGGCCGUCCCCGAAAGCGACGACACCCAGAGAACGCGGCUUCGUCUACUGUAUCUACAUCCGUGCCUGUGACCGCUGCUCAGUCGGCGUCCUUGUUGGGCUCUGCUUCUGCUUCUUCCAUUGCUUCUGUCGCUCCACCUGCUCCUGUUCCCCUCCCUCCGGUCUCAGCUCCAACCACAGUUUCUCAUUCGUCUUCUCUCCUUGCUGAAGGUGAUGCCGUGGCAACUUCUUCGUAUGGCGAUGCAGGCCAUCACCAUCACCAUCAACUCCAUCAACAUAAUCAUCAUCAUCAUCAUCAACACCACCUACACAAUGCCACUGCUCACCAUCAUAAUCACCAUCAACAACCUCUGCCGUCAAUAGAGCUGACAGACCAUGCUCUGGACCUCCUGAGCCAGUCUCUGCCAUCGGACACCUCUUACCUUGAUCUGCUACCUGACUAUGACUCAAGCAAUUCUUAUCUGUUUGGGAUGGACGACAACGCAGCUUACUCCUACUUCUCUCGAGACAGUCAAGGGCUGUUUGAUGGUGUGGGGAUGCCUAUGAACAUGGGCCAGGCUGAUCCUCUCGAGGGUAUCAGCUUCGACGAGACGGACACCAUGUCCAAAGACCUCAACGAGUCUCUGCAGAGAUACAUGGUUUCUCAAUAUCUACAGCCUCCGACACCUAGCGAGCCUAGCCCCAGCACACACUCCUCCAAUUGCUUUGAACCGUUGGGCUCGACUGGCACAGACACGACGUCGCCGGAACUGGGACAAGCGAGGCCACAUCCUACCAGCUCCUGCGACUGCCUCACCUCGCUCUCCAUGGCACUAGGCUCCCUGAAUCGCCUCCCAUCCGAUGUCUUGUCUGCUAUGCGUGUCGCCCGCGAGGCUACCAAAAUUGCGCACGAUACCCUCAACUGUGCCCAAUGUUACCAGGAUAUGUUCGACCUCUCCAAACCGCCACCCAUCUCGCGUUUCCAAAGUAUGAUGUGCCUUGGAGCUCUUGUUCCCUCCGCCUGCAACGCCUAUGCCUCGAUUUUGGAAAUGGUGGACAGAGACACGGAGCGUGCCAAGCAGGAGAAUCAGAUGCUCUAUUUUAGCUACAAAGAUGUUGGUGGAAUAUGGACAAGAGUAGCCGCCGAAGACAGUGCCGGCAACUCUCCCGACUGCGAAUUGCUCAGGAGUUACAACAACAGAUUCCUGGAGCCAGAUACUUGGCGGACCACUAUGCGAGCAAUCUUGAAGGUUGAGGUUUACGGGUUCAAUAACCGAACGGCGUCUGCGGCGAGUUCGUUAGACUGCAACAGUUCAUGCUCAUACGUCAAUGUGCACCGCGGGCUCAGGGACGUAGUCACGCUUCUUGACGAGAAGAACCAAAGGAGGCACGACAUUGCGGACGCUCUCAUGCAGUCUAACCAACAUCACAUUAUUUCGUCGUCUCCUUAUUUCCUCAUGUCGGGCCCACCGAAGCCCUGCCCGCGCGAAGACAGGCACUGCAUGCGUAUGCUUGACAUGGCGAGGAUGGCGCUGAGUAACUUGGUCAUAACAUAA